AUGUCUGGCAACGCCCUCCUCAAAGAACUCGCGGCCGCUCGCGCGGCAAGACGCGGUGAGCCUACAUUGGCUGAGCCUGCCGCAGCUCCUGGCCCCGCGGCGGCGGCGCCCGCAGCGCGUCCGGCGGCACCAGCCACGCCUUCGUCUCCUGCACCCGCGCGGACACGCGAUAUUAUUUCCAUAGAUAGCGACGACGACGCGGCGCCAGCCCCGGCCGCGCAGCCCGCGCGCGAGGGCGUGAUAGAGAUUCACUCGGACUCGGAUGACGACGCAGCUGCUACGAGUCGGCGGGUCACCAGAGACGCAAUCGACCUGACACGGGACAGCGACGACGAGGGUCCGCGCAAGCGCCAGCGGACCGCCGCGCCACAGCGCCAGCGGGCCUUGCCGGCACCGAGGCCGCCGCCGCCGCAGCGCCCGCGGAUCCAAGUGAUCCGCAAUUACGGCGGCGUCCAGGGCCUCGCCGUCGCGCCGCGCUUCCUCUCGGAGGCCGCGGAGAGAAGAUUGUUCGAGUCCAUGGGCACGAGAUGUCCUCUGCCGGACGGUCGCGUUGAGACGAAGUAUGGGAGGUGCGAUUUAACGGGCGCGCCGCGCGCUCGCUACGACCGCUUCUCGCCGGACCUCUGGCGCGUGAUCAACGGCAUCCGCGACCACGUGUUUCCGGAACUACUAUUGCCCGACUUUGCGUUGUUCUGGAGCUAUGCGUUGAAGCGCAAUCGCGGCGGCGGCGUGGCCUUCAAUGGAGAGGCCUUCGCGCGGCACUACGACUCGAAGAUAACUUAUGGCGAGACGGUCGCUGGCCUGAGUGUCGGGCGGGCGUCUCUAUUAGUGAUGGAGCGGUGCCCCUGCGACAAGGUGGAACGCCAGUGCAAGUGCUUCUUUCGCAACUCGGGCGUCGCGACGGAGCGCGUCGAAGUGCCCUUGCCGCGAGGAAGCGUCUACGUCAUGUCGGGCGACGCGCGAGAUCAGCGCGACCGCUCGCACGCCUGGAAGCACUCGAUCGUCUGGCCGAGUCGCCCGGAGGCGGCGCCGGCCUGGAACACGUCCGGCGAGCGCCGCUCCGUGACGCUCCGGGCGACGAAGCCCUGGAGCGAGUACUGCCUCGCGAACCGCGUCGCCGAGGGCCUCGGGCCGAAUCCGGGCGACGUCGCCGCGCGCCUCCGCCAGCAGCGGUCGCUCCGGAUAAGCUCCGACGGGCGCGAGAAACGCCCGAACCCGGCGGCGUUGGCCGCGGCGUUACGCGCCGGCUCAAUCCCGUACCAGCUACGCUUCGGCGCCGCGGACUUCGCGGCGUGA